CAGGAUGCUUUGCUUGCGGAAUGGAGAAUGGGUUUAGAGUGUACAACACAGAUCCACUCAAAGAGAAAGAAAAACAAGCAUUGCUUGCAGUAAAUCGAGGCCAUUCUGCUGCACACAGGGACACAGCAUUGUGACAGCGAGAGCCAAGGUACUUCCUUCCUGCUCCUGCUGUGUGUGAGAUGAGAUGGAUCUGUCUGUCUGUGGCUGGGUUGGUGCUCUGGUUGGAUGAGGAGGGCUAUAUGAGGAAGUUAAUCAUUCCGCCACUGAGCCCUGCACAUGUGACUCCUCACAUGACCUGUCCAAAGUCACAAUAGGAAAUUACUCACUGUCUUUAGUACUGUAGGGAAAGGAUUAGCCUAUAGUAUAGGCCAGGGAUGGCCUAACCUGGUUCUGGAGGGUUGCUGCAGGGUGUGCAGGCUUUUGUUGAUAUGGGUCUAAAUAACACCAGGACUACAGUCAUUUUUAUUACAGUGAUGCAUCAUGCAUGCUGGAAAGGUUUGCUUUAAUAUGCAGAUGGAGUGAGGAGUUGUUUGCUAUUUAGUAAAACUUUGAGAUAUUAAAACUAUUUAAAUUCUUAUCAGGGACGGAUCUUUCUAGUAACAUUUAUAGAUCUUAUUGGAAUAAUGGUUUGGAUAAUUGUGGUGGUUUUUGAGGCGACACCCUUGAUUCUCAUUGGCUCAGUUUACUCGCCACCCACCAGAUUGACAGCUUAAUGGCCAAUGAGGUGAUUGUAUGUGUCUUCCAGAGUUCAUGGAGGGCGGGGUCGGGCAUGUGGAGAUGCUGUUCAGGUGUAACUACCUAGCGCUGGUUGGAGGAGGGAAAAAGCCAAAAUACCCACCUAACAAAGUGAUGAUCUGGGAUGACCUGAAGAAAAAGACGGUUAUAGAAAUUGAGUUCUCCACUGAAGUCAAAGCAGUGAAGCUUCGAAGGGACAGGAUCGUGGUGGUCCUGGACUCUAUGAUCAAAGUGUUCACGUUCACCCACAACCCUCAUCAGCUGCAUGUGUUUGAGACCUGCUAUAACCCCAAAGGUCUGUGUGUGCUCUGUCCCAAUAGUAACAACUCUCUGCUGGCGUUCCCGGGGACCCACUCUGGGCACGUGCAGAUCGUAGACCUUGCCAACACAGAGAAGCCUCCAGUGGACAUCCCCGCCCACGAGGGGGCGCUGUGCUGCAUCGCCCUCAACCUGCAGGGAACCAGGAUAGCCACUGCCUCCGAGAAAGGGACCCUGAUCAGAAUAUUUGACACCAUGGCAGGCCACCUGAUUCAGGAGUUGAGGCGAGGGUCACAGGCUGCUAACAUCUACUGCAUCAAUUUCAACCAGGAUGCGUCCCUCAUCUGUGUGUCUAGUGACCACGGUACAGUCCACAUAUUCGCUGCAGAGGACCCCAAGAGAAACAAACAGUCCAGCUUAGCCUCGGCCAGUUUCCUUCCUAAGUACUUCAGCUCCAAGUGGAGCUUCUCCAAGUUCCAGGUUCCAUCAAACUCGCCGUGUGUGUGUGCCUUCGGAACAGAACCCAACUCUGUCAUAGCCAUUUGUGCUGAUGGCAGCUACUACAAGUUCCUGUUCAAUCAGAAGGGGGAGUGUUCCCGAGACGUCUACGCACAGUUCCUGGAGAUGACAGACGAGAAGAUCUGACCUUUCACCCUACCACCUCCUGCAAACGGACAGACGUGUACAUGGCGGAUGGGUUUAUUUUCUGGAGCAGGAGGACGAGGGGGGAUGGACAGAAGGAGGAAAAGGAGGAGGAGAUGAUGUCUCUGCUCACCCAGUGCUGAUGGACUCUACAUGGAGGAGCGUCAGAGGGAAGGUGAGAGAGACACCAUCUCGGAAACAACAGAGGAAUGAAAGAUGGACCGAGAGAAAUCAGGACUGAGUGCCCUCUGACAACCUACUUAAAGACUCCCUGUACAACUACAGAAAGACAGGGGGACGAGAACACUCUAACYGAUGUCACCUGGGCCUCCUUGUCCUGCUAGUCCGAGGACGAAAGAGGGAGACUUUCUUUUUAAAGAUGUCUUCCGUGAAAUGUACGAUGAUCAGGCGGUUAUUUUUUAAAGGUGUAUAGCGUUGAUUCUAAUAGGUAGAUGCAUAGAAAACAAAUAUUGUCAACUAACACCACCUAAUCUAACUAUAGGGAGUGCCUCUGAGCUGAAUCGAGAGUGGAGUGUGUGUAUAUACUCACAUAUAUACAGAGUGCAUUCAGAAAGUUUUCAGACCCCUUCACUUUUUCUAUAUCUU